AUGGCAUACAAUUUGUCAGAAGGAUCACUUGAGGUGAUAAUGAAAGGCGGUCAUUAUGAUAAACCAAUCAUGCAAGUAUUAGGUAGUAAAAAAAUUCAAGGUCAUGGAUCAGGUGAAAGAUUCAGACUUCUAUUAUCUGAUGGCAAGCAUUCUCACAGUUUUGCCAUCCUUGCAACUCAGCUUAAUGAUAAACUGAUUUCUGGGGAGUUGUCUGAUUAUGCUGUUGUUCAAAUUGACCGAUUUGUUCUUUCUAUUUUAACUAAUGAAAAGAGUGAAAAAAGUGGUGAUAGACGUGUCAUGAUAAUUGUGGAUGUCACAAUAAUAGCAUCUGGAAGUCAAGUUGGAAAAAAACUUGGUAAUCCUAUGAGAUGGUCUGAAGAUGCUGCAAAAACUAGCCCACAGGCCCUACAAGCAGUUGCCAGACCCAAGCCAGCACCAAGUAGACCAAUGAGCUCGAUGGCAAAUUCUAGUGCCUCUACAAAUCUGGAUAGCAGCAUGCUCAGUUCACAAAUGACACAUCCUAUUACAAGUUUAAGUCCUUAUCAAAAUAAAUGGGUAAUCAAAGCGCGCGUUAUGACUAAAAGCCCUAUUCGCACAUGGAGCAAUGCCAAGGGUGAGGGAAAACUGUUCAGUUGUGACCUGUGUGAUGAAAGUGGAGAGAUACGAGCCACAGCAUUCCGUAAUGAGUGUGACAAAUUCUAUGAUAUGUUACAAAUAGACAAGGUAUACUACAUAAGUCGGUGUCAACUAAAAACAGCCAACAAGCAGUACACAAGUAUCAAAAAUGACUAUGAGAUGACAUUCACAGCAGACACAGUGGUCGCGGAAUGUAUGGAAGAUACCUCAAGCAUGCCCUCUGUUAAAUAUGAGUUCACACCAAUCAGCGAAAUUGCUAACAAGAAUGUUGAUACACUAUUGGAUACAAUAGGAGUAUGCAAGAUGGCAUCUGAUGUGCAAGAAUUAACUGCCCGGAGUACUGGCAAGUUGCUGAAGAAGAGAGAGGUCACUCUUGUGGACCCGUCUGGAGGGGCAAUAUCAUUGACACUCUGGGGUAACGAAGCGGAGACAUUUGACAGCAGCACAAACCCCAUAGUAGCUGCAAAGGGAGCCCGUCUGACUGAAUUCAACGGAAGCAAAUCUCUCUCAUGUCUAGCAGGUACUGUGUUGCGUAUGAACCCUGAUUUACCAGAAGCACAUAAGUUAAGAGGCUGGUACGACAAUGGAGGUGCUGAUAUGGAAGUUGUCAACAUAUCUGCCAGAGCUGGUGGCUACACAGGCGGUAGCAGUGAAUGGAUGUCAUUCUCCGAAGCGGAAUCGAAGCAACUCGGUUCCGGUAGCAAAGGGGACUAUUAUUCGCUUCUAGGAGUCCUAACAUUCACUUUCUCAGACAAUGCACUGUACAAGGCCUGCCCACAGGAACAGUGUAAUAAGAAAUUGGUGGAUCAAGAAAAUGGACUUUUCCGAUGUGAGAAGUGCAACCGGGAGUAUCCUAAUUACAAGUAUCGUCUGCUCUUAUCGGCAAACGUGUCUGAUCCGACUGGUGAUCAACGGAUAACAGCGUUCAAUGAGGCAGCAGAAGCCAUGUUGGGUCAAAAGGCGGCGGAAAUCGGCCGUCUUCUUGAACACGACAAGGCUGCGUAUGCGCAUAUCUUUGAAGAUGUCAAGUUUAAGACGUUUCUAUUUAAGUUCCGUACCAAGAUGGAAGUUUACAGUGAUGAAGCUCGCCUAAAGACAACAGUUAUAAACGCUUCGCCCGUCGAUUACAAAGACGCGAACGCCAGACUUAUUAAAGGCAUCAAAGCUUUGAGUGGAGUCGAAAUAUAA